GGUCUCCUCCGGACCCACUGGGAUACUGGUCGACCACUGCAUCAGCGUAUGUACGGCGUCGAGCACUCAGGGUCCUGGUUCUCUGCGCACAUAUAUUUGCCAUACCAUCCUUCUGAGCUGAACGUGAAGGUUGCUCUGCACUGGCUCAAAUAGCCUAAGCCACGACGUCCAGCGUCUCUUCAUAAUCACGCGGUUAGCCUGUUCUGAUCGCCAAUCCGCAUCCAUACGAUAUUUGCAAUCAUGGAGUCAAUUGAUUAUCCAAGAAAGAUCGAACAUCUGCCCAACGAACUCCUCAUCUCCAUCCUCGCGCAGUUUCCAACCCGCUUUCUCCUCUCUGUCGGCGCUGUUAGCAGGCACUUCCACUCGGUAGCACUUUGCAUCCUAAGGCAGCGCCUGAACCGUGCCUCCUCGCUCCCCGGCUACCGUAUGAUGCUUGAGUGUUAUCACCCAGUCGAGAAGCUUUACACGCCGUACCUUUACUGCGACCACCUCUAUACCGACAGUCUCGAGGGCCUAGAAGCCGCAUCCGAUUCUGACACUGACAGCGCAUCCUCUUUGUGUGGCCUGAGAGACGUCUACUCGCAUUUCCGGCCGCUUGAGCCCAACGAGACCCGGCGAGAAAGGACAAGAACCGGGGGCCGAUAUCCUUGGCGAGGUCGCCGCCGUGGAAGCAGCAGCGCCGGCUACGGCAGGGAGGAUGGAACAUUGCCGCAGCCCCCUCAUAUUGACAUCUACCUCGACAUCGGCGAGCUCUUCUCUCAACUCUGCACCACCACCAACAUCGUCCGGGUCGGCCCCAGACCGGGGCUGUUUCUCAGCCACGUGAACGUGAGCGACGAUGUGGUUCGCGUGUGGCGGGACUGGCUCGCUGAGCAGGCCGCAAUUGGUCAGGCGGAGUGUGAGGGCGCAGUCCUGUGGGUCGACUCGACUCACGACGUUGGACUCAAGUUGCGUGUCGCUGAGAAAGAUAUCCAAGACGAGCACCCCGUGUUAGUGGCCAAUGAUGAGGAGCUGCCGGUGGCGUACCGCCUUACCUUUGAGGAAUUGCUGGUACGGACUGGCAAACUGCUCCUCAUGCUUGAGAAGGGGGAGGCGCAAGAGGCAACACCUGGGGAAGGUAAAGCUCUUGUCGUCUUGCCAUUCUGAUGUCUUGAGGGUUCUAUGUGCCCCGGCGUGAUGGAAGAGAAACAAAAGCAAGACGCAUUGCUGGCCCAUAGGUUUCGCAUGAUCACCCCGAGACCAGCAUAUCGAGAUUGAAACAUUGUGGUUUGGAUCUUGUUUUGCGUCGUUCAUGAGGCCCAUUUAGCCGCGAAGACGACCGUCGAUCGGAUUUGUUGUCCUAGAAAUAUUCUCGGCAUGUGACUCGGAUAUGUCGUUCAUCGUCGAUCGAAAUGACUGGUGCUCAGGGCAAUGAUCAAUUCUGCUCAGCCAUCCGUGUGCCGUUUAUGGGACAAACUACGAAGUGACCGCCUUGUAGUGCUCUCAUUCCCGCGAUGCUCGCGUACUAUACGCCCCUACAAGGCCCCCGGAAGGAAAGCAAGUUGAAGCAAUCCAGCUUGAUGAGAGUACCUAAG